GUUAUGCUGCGGCCUUAUCAAGAGUUUUUGGGUCUUUUAGCCCGAGAGGUGUAAACCUCCUCGGUGUUUUUAAGUCGACUUUAAGACGUACAUUUUAAAACCAAAAGUCCAUAUUUUGGGGAAAAACAAACACGCAAACAAACAAAAACUACCAAGAUUAAAGAUCCAUGUCGAGCAGGUCUCGAUGCCACCAUGGAAGAGAAUAUAACAGAUAUGGGUCGGUGUUAUUUUCUCACCGAAGUAAUGCAAAUACCCGAAGGACCCACCUACGUCACGGCUAUAAUCACGUGCAUUCUGAACUCCAUCUUCGCCUUGACUGCAAYGGUAUCAAAUACAGUACUACUUCUAAUAAUAUUACGUCAUCCCAAUCUGCACACGCCGUCCAAUGUUCUUCUUGGGUGCCUAGCGCUGUCUGAUCUAGUGAUUGGCUGCAUCACCCAGCCUGCUUACGUCACGUAUAAAGUUGCUGAGAUACUGGUCUUGAAGCGUGCUUCUUGCGUUGCUAGGGUGAUACAUUGGGUUGUUGGAUGGAUCUGUGCUGGAGUAUCCAUGCUAACUAUAACUGCCUUAGCGGUUGAGAGAUUCCUUGCGCUUCACCUUCAUCUUCGCUACGCUGUUGUCGUUACUGUUCGUAAAGUUGUUCUCACCGCGACUUUGUUUUGGAUUGCGGCGUUCUUGAUUAUAAUGUCUCUCUUUGUACUUAAGUCAGAUAAAUACUGGACAUUCGUGCCGGCUCCCAUUCUAGUUUCAAAUGUGAUCAUCACAUUUACAGCUUAUUGGAAGAUUUUUAGGAUCCUCCAAAAGCAUCGAAGUCAAAUCCAGGAUCAAAUCCAGGCACAGGUAUCCCGUUUUGGCGGGAAUCAACCAGGAAGUGUAACCAUCAACAUUAAGCGAUACAGGAAAUCUGCUGUUACAGCCAUGUACGUACUCGUGCUGUUGUUACUUUGUUACAUUCCAUUCUUCUGUGCAAUGGUCACUCGAGUAAUCGUUGGAUACAGUGCCGCAGUGAAAAUCGCGUACGAGUCGGGAGCGACUGUCGUGUAUUUGAACUCGACGUUAAACCCGAUCUUAUUUUGCUAUAGGGUUCCAGAUAUAAGACGUGAAGUGAAAAAGCUUUUUGAUCGAAUUGAUUGUAUGAAGAGAAAAUGCUCUCCUGUCGUUAAUGUUGAGCUAUCCAGUGCUCGGCAUAGCAAGAGUGUUAAUGUCCUUGAUAGACCUGAAAUAAAGAUGCUGUAUUGGUAAAUAAA